AUGCACAAGUCGAACUCGACCUACUUCACCGAUCUCGACAUGUCACGGGGCAAUAUCAGUCUUGUCCUCUUUCGCAAACCCUUCAACCCGUUCCCUGGACCAAACCAUUUUAUCAUGAUCCUCGGGGGCGCAAAUUGUGUCUGGCGCAAGGAGAUCGCACCUUACGAGGCAUACGAGUUGUGGACGAGGGUGUUGACAUGGGACGAGAAGUGGAUUUACCUGGUCUCCCAUUUCGUCAAGGCUGGCAAGUUCGUACCCAGCGAGUAUGCGAUGCAGCCUGGCUCGACGGCAAAGAAGAGCAGGAGUCGAGGAAAUACGGUGAAUGAUCCUCAAAAGGCCGUGUUUGCGUCUUCGAUUGCGAGAUAUGUUUUCAAGAACGGAAGGAAGACCGUACCUCCUGAGAAGGCUUUGCUGGAGUGCGGCUUGCUGCCUGGCGACGAAGUCGAGCUGGCUGAGGUUGAAAGGUUGCGGCUGAAAUGGCUUCCUGUCGCUCAACUCAAGUCGGGCUGGGAUGCCGUCCACGAGUUGUUCGAACCGGGGGAGCUUGCUCUCGGCCGGUACACUGACCUAUGGUGGCGGUAG